ACAAAGAUGUGACUAGCUACUGAGACUAAUCAAGCAUUUUACAAACUUUCUUCUAAUGCCUCUGAGACUCCAGAAUCUAAAAAAGAAGGUUCUGGAUAUCUAUAAGUAGACAACACACCUUCCUUUUCCACAGGAUAAUUAAAAAUGUCCUUAAGCAAUAUCUCAAAUUGCAGUGUCUACAGACAAAUGGAACCAUUUACCUAUUUUUACUAUUUAAUUUUCCUCAUUGGAUUUAUUGGGAGUUGUUUUGCCCUAUGGGCGUUCACUCAAAAGGAUCAGAAACAAAAAUGUAUGAGCAUCUACCUAAUUAACCUCCUAACAGCUGACUUCCUGUUGACUAUGGCAUUGCCAGUAAAAAUAAUUGUUGACUUAGGUAUUGCCCCCUGGAAACUGAAGAUAUUCCACUGUCAAGUCACAGCUUGCCUCAUCUAUAUUAACAUGUAUUUAUCAAUCAUAUUUUUGGGACUGGUAAGCAUGGACCGCUGCCUUCAGUUAAUGCACAGUACUAAGAUCUAUCGAAUCCAAGAACCUGGAUUUGCCAAGAUGUUAUCUGCAGUGGUAUGGAUAAUGGUUCUCCUUAUAAUGGUACCUAACAUGGUGAUUCCAAUCAAAGAAAUAGAACAAAAGCCUACUGUGGGGUGUAUUGAUUUCAAAACAACAUUUGGAAAAGAUUGGCAUGUGUUUACUAAUUUCAUAUGUACAGCAAUAUUCCUGAAUUUUUCAGCCAUGAUACUUAUUUCCAAUUUUCUUGUUGUUAGACAACUUUACCGACACAAAUACAGUGAGAGUUAUGCAAAUGUAAAGAAAGCUCAGGUAAAUAUACUGUUAGUAACGGCAGGCUACAUCAUGUGUUUCGUUCCUUACCACAUUGUUCGGAUCCCCUAUACUUUGAGCCAGAGCGAUGCUAUAACCGAUUGCCUUCUGAAACAAUCCCUCUUUAAAGCAAAGGAAUCCACUCUGCUGUUGGCAGUGUUAAAUCUCUGUUUUGAUCCUGUUUUGUAUUUUUAUCUUUCCAAGACAUUUAGACUGAAAAUUACUGAGACUUUUACAGCACAUAAAGAAACAAAGACUCUCACGGGAGAAGUAGUACACUGAGAAGAGGCACAUUACAAAAGUACUGUAGUAUUUCAGCCUAGACUACCAACGCUGUGUGUGCUUAUGUAUAUACAACUGCUGUGCGUUUGCUGAACAUGACUAACAGUGUCAAUAAAAUUACUGUCAAACCCUAACCCUUCACAGAAGGAAAGCUUAAUGAUGGAUCUGGAUCACUAUUAUUUUACAGCUUCAUACACUGAUUUGGAAUAUUAUACAGUUCUGUCUAUCAGAAGACCUGGUACUAGUUACAGGAAUAUUUUAACACAUUGCUUAAUUAAGAGCAUAUGAAGUCAUACUAAAGACCUACCCAAAAAAUACCUAUGAAGCAUGAUCCAAACUUGUUUUGUAAUGCAAUUUAUCAAAAAAGAUCCAAACCUAUUUAAUAAACAUUUAUGGAUUAAGGUUA